AUGCCCGGGUGCUUCAAGAAAACUAUAUUCUCCUUGGCUGCUGCACUAAGUUUCGUGUCCGUCUUACUCAUCGUUGUUGCCAUGGCGACUCAAAAAUGGAUGACUGGGAAGACGCUGUGUCAGACUGGCGUUGAUUUGGUCAAUGCCUCGGAUCCAGAGCUGGUGAAGUUCAUUGGGGAUAUCUACUAUGGACUUUUUCAGGGGGGCAAAGUGCGUCAGUGUGGAUUGGGGAAGCGAAGGUUCGCGUUCAAAAUAUUUCCGGAUAUGGUGAAAACGAUGAACACCACCCUCCAUGUCAUCAUUAUCCUCUUCCUCUGUGCAGCCAUUGCUUUUGCGUUGAUCAGUUUUGGAUUUUGUAUAUAUAAUGCACUGAAAGUCCCAUAUCGGUCCAUCAAGGGUCCUGCAGGUAUAUGCCUCUGGAAUUUUAUUGCAGGUCUGUUCACUGUGUUUGCAGUCACCAGCUUUAUCGCUGCCGUCCAACUUCACCAGCUGACAGAGCGAAUUGCAAACUUCCGUGAAAAUGUCUUCACAAUCGUCAUUCUUGAAGAACAUUAUGAAGACUCAUUCUGGUUGUGUGUGGCAAGUGGAGCGACUCAUGCUUUUAACAUGCUGCUUAUGGCAGCGAGUACGAUCCGCCUUCCUAAAUUUAAGACAAAGACGGAGGAGGCAAAUGUGACUGCGGAUGACAUCAUGUACUAGUCCUUUUACAGCAGCCAUUAGGACCUGUUAUUCCGUAUUUAGUACAAUAGCUCAAUGGAAGAUAUAAAACUUGCUUGUAUCAAGUGACCCUUCUAUUUGGAUCAGUUGGUUCUUCAUAACUUACAUAUAGUAAUGGACCUCUUGCUUUAAACAUGACUGAAUGGGGUUGGAUCCUUUACAGCUAUUGAAUCUCAAUCACGUCUGGGUAGAAGGUGGUUCCAAUGUAAUUUCAAAAGAAGACCCAACAUUGUGAAAAAAGCUGAAUGUGUGAAUUGAAGAG